AUGUUCGAUCUACCUUCUAAUCCUGACGGCAUCGCCCAAGCUUACAACCUAACAAACCAAUUUAUACUUUUACUGGGAGCACUCUGGACUACUAUCAGAGACCAAUACAUUUUGGCGGUCGAUAAAGAGACCUAUCUUCGUCGAAUUCGUGGUCUUCUCGACCAUUUGGACUUUGACAUGCCCCUUGUGGCAAGACUCGAAGACAUGAUUGAGAACUCAGACGGAGAAAUUGACAUUGACGAUUCCAGCGACGCAUCCUCCUCCUCCGAAGAUGACUCUGAUGAUGAUGAAACCUACUAUCCUAGCUCUCCUCCAAAAACAAGAUCUGCCAAACGAAGAUUGUUCGAAUCUGAUGAGCCGGAACAAAAGCGACCAAAAAUUGACCAGCUCGAUCAGCUUGAAAAUGAUGAAGUUGACAAUGGAAGCGAUAAUGGGGAAGACAUCGACGCUGAGGCUGAAGAGGACGACGCUGCUGGAGAUUCUGACGUUUUUGAAGCUGACGACGCAGCUGAAGAAAACGACGCAGCUGAAAGCAACGAUGAUAGCGGCGCUGAUACUGGUCCUGAUAGCGAGGAAGAAUGGGCGACUCGUCCAAAGUCGCAAAAGAAUCAACUUUGGACUCAAACGACCUGGGACAUGUGCCAACCUUCCACGAGUCGAGCAUCAAUGUUCACACCGCCGCCGACGCCUCCUCCAUUUGACUCUCCCCGUCCUCAACCAUUUGAGUUUCCUUCUCCGGCUGGACGACCAUCUGUUAUUCAAUCUCCUCGGGUUCCCGAAUUCCGACCGAUUUCCAUUCAACAAAUGAUGGCUUCAGCAAUCCCAACAAUUGAUUUGACUGGAGAUUCGUCUUCCGACGAUGACGAUCAAGUUGUCCCAGCGAUAGACAUUGCCUACGCUGAUAGUACUUUCGACUCCUUGGACGGCGAACAAUUCCAGCAGAUCGUCGAUGAGAACGACGCUCAAGCAAGAGCAGAAGAAAUCCGUCAGCUGCAAUCGGAGCUGGAGAAUCCGUCAAGAGGAGGUACUCCUGAUACGAUUAUCGAUGCUUGCUUAUCGCCGUAUCUUUUAGGGGAGACUCUGGACACAGCACUCAGCAUGGGACUCAUCACACGAGAAACUACCGAGUUCAUCGACGAAGUUGCUGAGAUGAUGGAAGACGAAGAAGAUCCUCCCGCCACCGUGACGCCAGAAAAAACCUUUACUGAGCUUUGA